AUGUUUUUGGCACUAACCACAUACGGCUUAGAGCCUGUAAAGCAAGCGCAAGACGAGGAUGAGGCUGACGACGAAGAAGAAGUAUUCGUUCCAAGAAGAAGAGAUGGUCGUUGGGGUCCCACGGAUCCUUACUGGCAGGAUAUCUACACCACCCUCUUUACCAACAGAGAAAGGAGCACACACGCUCUCGUAGAGGCACUCCAGAGCGACUCUACCGAAACCGUCACCCUUUUGCUUGAUUUGGGUGCACAACCUAAUUUCUACCGCAAGAAUCGCGCUCCAUGCCUCUAUCUGCAACUUACUGAUAAGUGGCGGUAUGCUGUGGAGGUUGACCACCCGCCCCCUUCUACUGCGAUGUAG